AUGCUCACAGCAGUGGACGAUCUCGCUGGCUUCGCGAUAUACUGCUGCUUCUUCCUCUACUGCAUACCGUGGCUGCUGCAGCGGCGUCUGCCGGGAGCGCUGACGCUCUACAUGUCAAACGUCGACAUCAUAGCCAACGUGCUUUGCUCCUCGGAGAGCACGCGCGCUGGCCUCUUUGGCAGGCUUUACCUGUCUAGUCCCGACGAUCUCUUCACGUCUUUCUCCUUCUCCUUCAUCUCGUGGAUAUCCCUCGUCGGUUCUCGCCCUUCGCCAGACACACGGUGUUUUGUGUCGGCCGCCUCCAUCGCUCUCGCCGCUUCCGUAGGCAUCUCGCACGGAGUCUCGACCGUCGCCUCGAGACGAGACCCGCACACCGCGCUCAAGGUGGCGGCCUUCAUGAUGGCUGUCACCUUCAUGCUGCCCAGCGUGCUGCUUCCGAACCUGCUCAAGGACGGGGGCCUGGCGGAGCCGCUCCUGCCACCAGGCGACGAGGCGCGCCGCCUCGCCGCCAAGAUCGCGGUCGGCGCGGCGACAGGCGCAGCCCUCGUCGGCUUCGAGUCGCUCGUGCUCUUCCACCCGCACGGCUUUGGGCUGCGGCCGCACCCGUGCUCUGGCGGCGACGGGGAGGGCGCUUCGCGGCAACUGGGCGAGGAGUUUCUCCCGUUUGCGAGCCCCGAAAAGUCGGCGCUCAUGGAAUCUGCUUCGGACGGGAGUGUUCGAGCGGACGCACCAGACGCGUUGGUGCGGUGGGAGACAGAGCAGCUUGAGCAGUACACUGGCGCGGCUUCUUACCUUCGACGGGAGGACUGCGUGCUGGGGGUGAUCGAGUCGUUCUACAUUGUGCAAACGGGCGCGCGCGUGAGCGUGAUUGACGAGUGCAAGCGUUCGUGCAUCACCGAGACGGAUGUUGCCCGCCUUUUCAACGCAGUCGGGCGGCGGGUGGCUACGGGUGUUCCGGGCGAGGACACCUUCCCGAUGGGCGGCUACUUCAAUGAGUUCCGACGCGAGGGUGUGAGCGUGGAGCUGGUGCGUGAGCUGCGGACGGUGGUCACAGGCGCAAUCGCUGCGAUCGGUGGCGAUGUGUCAGCGAUCACGGCGAGCGCAAAUUCAUUCCGCAAGUGGUACAGCGACGCGCAGAACGCGACGGCCGUCGCCUUGCUUGGGCGAGGCGGUGCGGUGAACAUUGCGAUCAUGCGGGCUGCGAAGCAGGUCUUUGCCAGAUGGUACUGUCCGGGAGGGCGGCUGUACGUGCCGGGAGCUAUGAGCGAGCUCGCGUCGCCGGCGGCCUUCGGUGAUUUCGAGGUGCCGGGUGGUUGGUGA